CCAGAGUCAAAUCACUUCUCUCCAUAUCAUUCCGGGUGACAUGAAUCAGACUGAGGCUCGACAAGCUUGCAGAGAAAAUUACACCGACCUCAUCACUGUGUACUCUGAUGAAAACAACACUGAACUUGCUAAACUGGUGAUAAAGGAUGGUGUGGGUUCUGGCUGGAUCGGACUCUCUCGCAAUAAUUUAAGUGAGAAAUGGUCUAAUGGUGAUCCUGUAACAUUCAGAAAUCUGACAGGGGAUUGUGGGACAUCGAGCUGCUGUGCUACUAUGAAGGCCGAUGGUUCAUGGGAAAGUCUUCAGUGCACAGUGACAAGAUAUUUCAUGUGCUAUGAACAAGGUAACUUUUGACCUAUUAUACAUUUAUGAUGUAGAUCUGUACUUAUUGUAAUAUUUCUGUCUGACAGGCUGUGUAUUCUUUUAUGUCUUUAGAUGCUACCUCACCGACUCGUAAUUAUCAUCUAAUCCUUGAGAAUAAGACCUGGUAUGAAGCUCAGCAUUACUGUAGACAGAGAUACACUGACCUGGUCAGCAUCAGAGAUCAGCAGCACAAUGAAGAGGUGAUGAUUAAAGGGUUAAACAGCAGCACACCCUUCUGGAUCGGCCUGCUGUGUGAUGACUGGCAGUGGAUUGAUGGAGGAAUCUCUGCCUAUAGAAACUGGCAUUGGCAGAGCUGUGAACCUUAUCCAUCACCACACAACUGUGUAGUACUGAGUGGAGAGAGAUGGUACUCAUGGCUAUGCAAUAAUUCAUAUCCUGCUUUGUGCUACUAUAGUUACAUCCAUGUGAGUGAAGAGGCUCUGAGCUGGGAGGAAGCGCUGGAUUACUGUGAUAAAGAGAACAGAACUGGAUUGUUGCAGAUUGAGUCCGAACAUGACCAGACUGAUGUGGAGAAUGAGCUCAGAAGGAGGCGUGUCUCUGAGCCUGUGUGGGUGGGGCUUAGACAGAGCCAGCUCUUCGGGUUCUGGAUUUGGCCCGAUGGGAAAGCUGUGUUUCCGUACUCCAACUGGGAUGAAGGGAAACAGCCUGAGCAUCAACUCUCUCAGCACUGCGGUGCCGUCGUUCCACAGAGCUACAGAUGGAAAGACAUGAACUGUGAGGCUCAGUACAAAGCUCUGUGUCACAUCAGAUGUUCUCCAUGAACCCACUAUACAUUCAUUUUAUAUAUUUAUCAAUAGUUUUUUUUUAUAUUUGAAUGCAUUCUUUAUAUAUAUUUAUUGGGGUUUUUUUUCUAUCCCAUCACAUACGUAAUUAUUCAUAAUAAUGAAUUUAAUUUAAAGCUUAGAGACAACAUGGUUAUUUGUGGGAAAAUUUUAAUAUAACUACGCUGAUAGAAAUAUGAAUUCUUGGAAAAAAAAUGAGAUCCAAUGCAUUUACAUUUCUAACCAUUUUAAACAUUAUAUAUUAACUUACAUGUGAAACUCACAUAGUGUAAUGAGUCUGUCUGUUUUCCUUUGUUUCUGUCUGCUGUCAUUCCCUGCUGUUAAUUGUUGGCCCCACCCACUUAUUUGUUACCAUGGACAUUAAUUGCACUCAAUCUCUUCCCCAGGUGUUUUGUCCUAGUCUUUGAUUGUCUCCGCCUUGUGAUUGGUUCUUGUUCACUAUAUCUACUCUGUUUGUCCACUUCCCUGGUGUUAGUUGUUGUUGGUGUAGUAUGUUAUCUGGUUAUGUCCCUGUUCCUGUGCCGCUCAGUGUUCUGCCCUGUUUUUGCCUGCCUAUCUGUUUGUUUCUUAUUUUGGUUUAGUAAAAGUUCAAACUGCACUUGGAUCCUCACUCGCCUUUGUCUCUU